AUGAACAACUUAACAACUCUCCUGGGCCCGCUCACCAUCACUUCUCUCUCCACCCUGCUCGGGUUCACAAUGUGGUCUAGGACUCGCUCUCAAGAUCCAUACGGCUUAUUCCAUCUUGCUCUCAACAAAUCAUCCUCAGAGGACCGAGAUGCACCUCCUGCGACUGAAUGGCUGAAUAUGGGCUUCUGGAAGGACGCGAAGAAUUUACCCGAGGCAUGUAAAGCCCUAGCUCUGAAGUUGACCACUGCUGCUCAUCUGAAGGAAGGUGGUUCAGUGUUAGAUGUUGGUCAUGGAACUGGAGAAUCUUUGUUACUUCUCUUGUCAGAACCCUCUCUUCCACGACCAUCACGCCUCGCAGGCAUUACGAGCCUGGCACUUCAUCACCAACGCUCCCUCGAACGUGUCCAAAAGCUCCAAUCAACCUGCCAGACUCCAACCAAAGUGGACCUUCAUCAUGGUGAUGCUGUUUACGACAGCUCAACCGUGAAUCACCCGUUAUGCCCCUCUACUCUAGGAGAGUUUGAUUCGAUCCUGGCCCUCGACUGUGCAUACCACUUCCACACCCGUUGCCGUUUUCUCGAACAGUCAUUUGCCAAGCUAGCUCCUCAAGGCACUAUCGCCCUUGCGGAUGUCUGCUUCUCCUCUGCUGCUCUGGCAACUAAUUGGACAAAGAUUGUCACUUCGGUACUGCGCAUGAUGCCUCGGAGUAAUUUGAUAUCGGACGAGGAAUAUGUUGUGCAAAUGAAGGAGAUCGGUUUCGUCGAUGUCACCCUCGAAGAUGUCACUCUAGACGUAUUCCCUGGGUUCAUAGCUUUUCUGAAGGGGGCAGGGGCAAAGUUUGUAAUUGUCAAUGGAAGUAAACCAUAG